AUUUCGCAAAUUGUCAACACGCUGACUGUCGCGCACUGGCUGUGCAUAGACCAUAGUUGUGGAAAGGAUUUGAUUUUUAACAUUCUUCCUUACAAGUAUGGAUUCCAAACUGGCUGCAAAAGUAAGCGGCAACACAUCGAAUAUCAAGUUCGAGCCUAUUCCAUGGGACUUCAAGGUGGAUGACGUCCAUUACUGGGUUCACUACGGCCUGGUCAUCUUUGGGGCCGUCUUCACUCUUGUAUCCUUCGUGGUUCAAUUCCGGGAGCCUGCUACCUAUGGUAAACAUGAAGACAAGCCUGACAGCUACAAGGAGGUCACCAAAAAUGGAGCUACUCGUGUCGAACUUUCAGAGGGUGAUGAUGAUCUUUUGAAUGCUGAACAGGACUCAACCACACAACUGGAGAAAAAAGAUCAAACACAGAGUGGUUGUCUCAUUCCUCAGCGGAUAGGACACUUUUGCUCUGACGGACCACCAGGUUGUAUUCUCUUCCCGUUGGUAUUUUUUCUCUACGGCAACAUUACCGAUCCUGUCAAUGUGGUAUUCCUGUCUCUCUUCAUUGCUCAUUACUUUCAUCGUGGGUUCAUCCAUCCAUGUAUCAUGAAAUACAGCAAAGCAAAGGUCCCACUCUGGAUCACGGUCGCAGGAAUAAUUCCAAACUCGAUAUUCAGUUUUGUGAAUGCUGACUGGACGGGAUCUGCUAAAUAUAGUGAUAACUACUACUAUGAUCCAAGGUUUAUAAUUGGUGUGGUGCUGUAUGUUGUCGGGUUUGUCAUGAACAGAUGGGCCGACUGGAAACUGAGGAGUCUACGGUCUUCGGGUGGCGGUGGUUAUUACAUUCCGCGAGGGGGUCUCUUUGAGCUUGUAUCAUGCCCCAACUACCUUGGGGAACUGGUUGAGUGGUUCGGCUGGGCACUGGCUAACUGGUCAGCGGCUGCUCUGGUCUGGUGGCUCUUUGGCUGUUCAACCUUCAUACCGCGAUCAAGGGACAAUCACAGAUGGUACAAGAAGAAAUUCAAGGACUACCCGCCCAACAGAAAAGCCUUGAUUCCUUUCAUCUACUAGCAUUGUGUCUCUUAAUAUGAAGUAUGGGUAGCACCAAGGUAUCAAUGAGAAGCUAGGGUCAGCAAUUUGUUGAUGGUGUGCGUUUCAAAGGCUUUGGCUCGUAUUCUGAACUCGGGUUUGACUAAGGGUGUGUUCAAUGUCGGUUUCUCAAAUUCAAAAGGCAACAUGGAUCAUGAUUGAAAAUGUGAUUACAAAACGCAGAUAUAGUGAGAAACAAAGGGUGUGUUCAAUGUCCUCUAUUCCUGGUCGUAAUAGUAAACAUCUUUCAAAUCAUGAUUCGGAGGAAAAUUUAAACGUCGAAAAUGACGCGUUUGUAAAUGCGAUCAGCUCAAAUUUACGACCUUGAGCAUCGCGAAUGCGACCUUGAACACAAUUGCGUUUUGAAACGUCUGUAAAUUCGCUCUCGCAGUGGAAGCCUACACAAACAGGUGCCAGAACUGACCUUUCUUGUGGUGGGUCAAACUGAGCUGCGCUCACGAAAGCGGGAAACUUAAA